GAGGGAAGUGGGUUCAUUUUAGUGACUGACAUCCAAAGAGCAAUAUGCUUUCUUCCACAGCAUGCUUCACCUUCAUCUUUCUCCUCUGCCAGCUCACAGGACCAGCAGCCUGUGGAGUACUGAAAAAGCUAGUUGGUGCCCUUGGUGGGUCUGUGAAUUUCCCACUGAAUCUCUCAGCAGAUCCAAUUGACAGCAUUAUCUGGGUCUUCAACACAACCACUCUUGUCACCAUACAGCCAAAGUUGGCAGACAAAAAAGCCCUUAUCAUAGUGACCCAACAUCGUAACAAGGAAAGGGUGAAUUUCCCACAUGAAGGCUACUCCCUGAAGCUCAGCAAACUGAAGAAGAAUGACUCAGGUGUCUACCGUGUGGAGAUACACAGCUCAACCCUCCAGGAUCCCCUAACCCAGGAGUAUGAGCUGCGUGUCUAUGAGCACCUGUCAAAGCCCAAAGUCAUCAUAGGUCUGCAGAACAAUAAGAAUGGCACAUGUGUAACCAAUCUGACAUGUUCCAUGGAACAGGGAGGAGAGGAUGUAACUUACAGCUGGAAGUCCCUGGGACAGGUGACCAAUGAGUCCCAUAGUGGCUCCACCCUCCCCAUAUCCUGGAGGCAGGAGAAAAGUGAUAUGACCUUCAUCUGCAUGGCCAGAAACCCCAUCAGCAGCAACUCCUCAAACCCCAUCUUUGCCUGGAAGCUCUGUGAAGGUGCUGCUGGUGGCCUGGCUACCACUGUGAUCCUCAAACUCCUGUUGUCACUCACCCUGCUCUGUUUCAUUGCACUGGUGCUAAUUAUUUUGAUCAUACGAAGAGAAAGAAGAAAAGAGUCCAUUGAAGAGAAGAAGGGACUGAACCUUCAUCCAGAAACUCUUAACUACUCCCCCACUUUUGGAGAGGCCUCGGAGUAUGACACAAUCUCUUACUUAAAUAGCACUGUACCAGAGGAAAAUGCAGUAAAUACACUUUAUUCCACUGUGCAAAUAACCCCCAAAGGUAAGAAGCUUUAGAGCUGAGUUUUAUCUUAGCUGUCCCAUCCUUCUUCCUGUUUCAAGUUUAGCUAGAAUUUCUUGGGCCCCAGAGAUCUCAUUUUCCCUGGUACUAAAAGGCACACCAGGAUACCCAUUCCCUUUGCUUAAGGUUACACAAGUAUGUGGGGAAUAGAAGAGAAUUGUGUUUUAGGAG